AUGGCGCCUCAAGACCUAUCCCACGAUAAAGAUGUUCCAACCCCAGCCGGAAAUGUUCACCCCAGCUCCCCACAACAGCCUCAGCAACAAUCGACUUCACAAACAAUAGGGCCUGACGACGCCAUUGCAGGUACGUGGGAGCACGUCGAAGCACUGGGAAGCGGCUCUAUCACAAUACGCACGUCACCGAACCAACAUGAUAAUCCCGCGGUGCUGAAAGCUGGUCAGACCAACGAACCCUAUAGCCUUGUAGACGAUGACGAAAAUGUGUGGGACGAAGCCAGACGGCAAUCGUCGAUCGAUAUCAAAGCCAACAGCUCAGAACAAACACCCGGAGUUCCUAGGAUAGGAGGGAGCAGAUCGGCUACAAAUCCUUUUCUGAGAAGAAAGCCUGUUGGCCAAGCCAGCGCUGCCUCGACGACUGACGCAUUCUCCAUGCUCGAUCUGAACGAUACGGCGCAAGCAACCACCAACCCAUGGCAGCCACCUGUCGACGGAAAAAAUCCUUCUACGGGGCAAGCCACCCCGCAACCAAGGCCAGUGACUGCUGAGGGGAUCGAAAGCGAUCCUUGGGCAGCUAACAACGACGAGAAAUCGGUUCUUUUGCAGCCGAGCCUUGCACCCCGACCGGCAGACUUAGUAUCGCUACAACCCGAGGUGGACGACAGAUCAGCGUGGAGAGAAGAAACUCGCUCUGGCGGAGAAAACUUUGUUCUCAGUUCCCCAGUCACCGCAAUGUCGACCGAUUUGCUGGACGAGCAAAACGUCUGGGAUGACUUGGGAGCAUCCGCCAAGGGGAAGGAGAAAAUCCCCAUUGUUGGUCGAGCUUCUCAAAUUGAUGGCUGGAGUCCGGUAGACGCUGCUUCGUCUUCAGGCCCGUCGAAGGGAGCCAACAGUGAUGAAGCUCCGGAUGAAAGACCGCCACUGCCCUCUAGGUCCACGGGCUUGCAGCGAAAAUGGGUUCCUUCGAGGCCGCCUGUUGAUGCAAAAACAGAAACAUACCAAGUGAAAAUUAUCCACUGGCAUGAUUUGACGUCGGACAAGAAUCCUCGCACGUCUCCCAUUCUGAUCCAAAACAGAAAUGGACCGUGUCCUCUCGUCGCGCUAGUCAACGCCUUGACAAUGACGACCCCCGCAAACAGCCUGGAGACUUCCUUGGUGGAGGUGCUAAGGUCGCGAGAGCAGAUUAGCUUGGAUUUGCUGCUCAAGGCCGUAUUUGACGAACUCAUGUCCCCGAGGCGGACGAAUUUCGAGGAUGCCCUUCCCGACGUGUCUGAUUUGUACGUCUUUCUGCAAAGCUUACACACCGGCAUGAAUGUGAAUCCCCGAUUCAUUCCUACGCCCGAGAUGGUCGACGCGUACAACCGAACAACCCUGACACAUCUGGACCUUGGAGAGCGUGGUAGCCUGAUUCCAGGGACGUUUGAAAACACCAUGGAGAUGCGUCUCUAUGCCACAUUUUCUAUUCCACUGAUACAUGGGUGGCUUCCAGCGCAAACUGAUGCCGCCUACUCUGCUAUGGAGAGGCAAGCUGCAUCGUACGAAGACGUGCAAAGGCUGCUAUUUCGUGAAGAAGAACUGGAGCAGACGCUGUCCAGCGAUGACGGACUGACCGAAGACGAACAGCAGCUUUAUCAGGACAUUGUAACUAUCAAGAUGUUUUUGGAUUCUUCUGCGACGCAGUUGACAUCAUGGGGCAUUGAAGUGAUAGGAAAAGCAAUGCGGCCGGGCACCUUUGCGAUCUUGUUCCGAAACGACCAUUUCAGCACCCUGUACUGCCACCCGCAGACCUUGCAGCUGCUGAGCUUGGUCACUGAUGCUGGGUAUGGCACUCAUGAUCAAGUUGUUUGGGAGAGCCUGGUUGAUGUGAACGGAGAGAACACGGAGUAUCUCUCCGGAGACUUCAGAGUUGUGGAUUCGAGCGCCGAAGCUGGGCUGAGCAAUCGCAACGUGUCCACUGGCAGGGAUGUACAGCACCUUGUGAAUGAAGCAGGACUUUCGCAGCACGAACAAGAAGAUAGGGAUCUGGCACUCGCUUUGCAACUACAAGAGGAAGAGGAUCAGAGACAUCGAGAAGAGCAAUCCCGCCGGCAACGCGAGAGCAUCCUGUCUGAACAGUACAUUGAGCAACAGGGACACCGGCCAACUCCAGUGAACAGAGAUCGCAGGCGGGUAUCUCAAACCUCUGGCAUAAUUUCGGAACGAGAGAGCUCAAGCAACGUCGCUGUUUCCCCUGCGACAGGAGGCAUUCAAUGUUCGCGACAGCCGAUAUUAUCGCAGCAGCCGCCAGUGGCCCAGCAACAACAGGUCCGACCUCUUGUUCCGCCUCGUCGGCCAGGCGUCACGCGUCGCGCGGAUUCAAACGAGCAAGAUGCGCCGCCGUCUUACGAGCAGGCUGCACAGGACCCCGCAUACGUGCCGUCAAUGGGACACCCGAAUCGGUCGCAAAUUAGCACCGCCGACUCGACAAGUACGGCGAGAAUGAGCGACGCGGGGAGCAACAGCGGCCAGAGUGGGCAGCAUGCUCUCGGCCAAAGACAAUCAAUGAAUCAGCCAUAUAGAAGACAACCAGUGAGCCAGGGGAGCGGCAGCCGCGAAAGAGAUUGCGUGGUGAUGUAA